AUGUCAUCGAAACAAGAAAUAUCCAAGAAAAUAAUAUCAUUGUUAAACACAUUACCAAAGGAGAAAUUGAAGCAUUAUUCUUCAUUCAAAGAUACUCAGAUAAAAAGAUUUUCCGAUUUACAAAAGGUCAACCAGAUAUCUGAACAAGAUUUGAAAUUACAAUACAUUGCAUUGAAAAACUUGUGUAAUGACAAAUAUCAGAGAUAUUAUGAAUUGGAUGACAAAUUACUAAGACCAAAGGGUAACCCACACUAUUAUGAACGUUUAAUGAAUGAAAUCAAUGGUGAAAAGAAGGAAAAUUUGUUUAGUGCUCUUAGAACUGUGGUAUUUGGCAAAUAA